CGAUAUCAAGAUACAAGAGCCUGAAACUCCCCCUGGGUUGCGAAAAGGUGUUCAUUGUGAAUCAUCGACCGGAUUCUACUUAUCGAGAUUCCACCUCCUGUUGCCAUUGGCUUGCCGUUACCCCUCCUUAGCCCGUUAUGGCGAGUUUUAUCCAGCAUCCUCUGACCACCGGCUGGUCCUUCAAAGACAGCAAGGAACAAUCAUCUGAUGCUUGGAUGCCCGUUGCCAGCGUGCCGUCUGUCGUUCAUCAGGACUUGCAGGCCAAUGAUAGAUUGAAAGAUCCCUAUAUCGGCUUCAAUGAGCUCGAGGCAAGAUGGGUCAACGAGAAGUCGUGGUCGUACCGCAAUGUCUUCAAAAAGCCGACCGUCCCUGCUGGAUCAAGGGUCGUUCUGGCAUUCGACGGCUUGGACACUUUUGCCACGGUGAGACUGGACGAUGAAAUCAUUCUUGAGAGCAACAACAUGUUUCUAGCCCAUCGGAUCGAUGUCACCAAAGCCCUGGAGGCAGAGGGAGAGCAUGUUCUCCACAUCGACUUCGACUGUGCCAUGCUGCGAGCCAAGGAGCUGCGGGAGCAAGACCCCAAGCACAACUGGGCCUCCUUCAACGGUGACCCGGCCCGACUAGCUGUUCGCAAGGCUCAGUACCACUGGGGCUGGGAUUGGGGUCCAGUGCUGAUGACCGCGGGUAUCUGGCGAGACGUGCGGCUAGAGGUAUACUCUGCCCGCGUAGCGGACCUCUGGACAGACACGGAUCUUGCGGCCGACCAUCAGCAUGCGCGGAUUACCGCCUCCGCAGAGCUAGAUGCUACUGAGGACUCUAGUUACAAAGCCAUCUUCACCCUGAAGAAAGACGGGAAGGAAAUUACCAGACAAGUCGCCACACCAGACAAGAACAUUGCCAGGACAACAUUCGAUAUCGACCAACCAAGCCUCUGGUGGCCGAAUGGGUACGGAAACCCAGAUCUAUACGAGGUCUCCGUGUUCCUGGAGAAGGACCAGAUCGAGCUGCAUCACGUCUCCAAAAAGAUCGGCAUACGGACAGCGGAAGUAGUGCAGCGGCCCGACAAGCACGGCAAAUCGUUCUUCUUCCGGAUCAACGGCGUCGAUGUCUUUUGCGGUGGUUCAUGCUGGAUCCCCGCAGACAACCUGCUGCCCAGCGUUUCCCGUGAGCGUUAUCGAAACUGGAUUGAGUUGAUGGUUGCCGGCCGUCAAGUGAUGAUCCGGGUGUGGGGCGGCGGUUGCUACGAAGACAACAAUUUCUACGAGGCAUGCGACGAGCUCGGUGUGCUUGUAUGGCAGGACUUCAUGUUCGGCUGCGGUAACUACCCGGCCUGGCCUGAGCUGCUUGAGUCAAUUGAGAAGGAAGCCGUCUAUAAUGUGCGCCGUCUGCGCCACCAUCCAUCCAUUGUCCUCUAUGCUGGAAACAACGAGGACUAUCAGGUGCAAGAGUCAGCAGGCCUCACGUAUGACUACGAAGACAAGAACCCUGAGAACUGGCUGAAGACGGACUUUCCCGCCCGGUACAUCUACGAGAAACUGCUCCCGGAGGUGGUGGAUAAGCUCUCCCCGAGGACAUUCUAUCACCCCGGAAGCCCGUGGGGAGAUGGAAAGAAGACCUCCGAUCCUACUGUAGGAGACAUGCAUCAGUGGAACGUCUGGCAUGGAACGCAAGAGAAAUACCAGAUCUUCGACACCCUCGGCGGACGGUUCAACAGUGAAUUCGGCAUGGAAGCAUUUCCCCACCUCUCUACUAUCAACCACUUCGUCGAGCACGAGAAAGACAAAUAUCCUCAGUCGCACGUCCUCGACUUCCACAACAAAGCGGACGGACAUGAACGACGGAUCGCUACGUACCUGGUGGAGAACUUGAAGACAGCUACAGAUCUUGAGACCUACACCUAUCUCACCCAAGUCGUGCAAGCCGAGACCAUGAUGUUCGGGUAUCGCGGAUGGCGCCGCCAGUGGGGCGAUGAGCGGCACUGCGGCGGCGCCUUGCUCUGGCAGCUCAACGACUGCUGGCCGACCAUCUCUUGGGCGAUCGUGGACUACUUCCUGCGACCCAAACCGGCCUUCUAUGCUGUGGCCCGUGUGCUGGCUCCGUUGGCCGUGGGUGUCCGUCGCGAGCACCACGACUGGAGCGUCACGCACGCGCAGCCUCCCAAGACGAGCAAAUUCGAGCUCUGGGUCGUCAGCUCGCUGCAGAAGGAGACAACGGGCACCGUGGAACUGAGGUUCCUCUCGAUCAACGACGGUCAAGAGGUUAGGGAGACGGCGGUUCACAAGAACGUUACGAUCCAGCCGAACGGCACCACCAAUCUCAUCGUAGACGGUCUGAUUGACUAUGCAGUGUAUCCCGAGCCACAUGUCCUCGCUGCUCGCUUGUGGGUGGACGGACAGGUCGUCGCGCGGGACGUGGACUGGCCGCAGCCGUUCAAGUACCUCGACUUCUCGGAACGCGGCCUGGUGGUGGAGAAGACUUCUGAGACAGCCGAGCAGCAGACUCUGCAGAUCAGCGCGCAGAAGCCGGUGAAGUGCUUGGUGUUCGAGGAGCGCGACGGGGUCAAGAUCAGCGACAGCGCCAUGGACAUCAUGCCUGGCGACAGCCAGACUGUCACCGUGAGGGGAUUGAAGCCGGGCGAUUCCCUCAAGUACAAGUAUCUCGACCACUAA